GACCAUGGGGCAUGGAGCUUGAUCACCAAUAUUAUUGUCGUUUGCUUCAAUCCUGUACAACCCGCAGCUCCAUUCUCCUAGGAAAACAGCUCCACCUCUUUUUCCUCAAAAAGGGUAUCCUUAGUUCCACUCUUACAGUGGGAAAUCGUCUCCUCCAAAUGUAUUCGCGGUGCGGAAGUAUGGCCGAGAUUUGGAAACUGUUCGACGAAAUGCCGCAUAGAAAUUGUUUCACUUGGAAUACAGUGAUUGAAGGGUACAUGAAGUCGGGAAAUAAAGAGAAGACGUUGGAUUUGUUCAAGUUGAUGCCACAUAAGAAUGACUACUCCUGGAACUUUAUUAUUUCCGGGUUUGUUAAAGCGGGGGAGAUAGAAGUUGCUGGGGCUUUGUUUGAUAAUAUGCCUAGUAAAACCGCCUUUGCUUGCCAUUCGUUGAUUCAUAGUUAUGCUCGAAAUGGGGAUGCCAAAAAGGCUGUUAAGCUGUUUAAAGAAUCAGGGUCUUUGGGAGAUGAUGCGUUUGUGUUGGCAACUGUUAUUAGGGCAUGCAUUGAUUUGGGAGCUAUUGAAUUCGGGAAGCAGAUUCAUGCACAUAUGGUGGUUGGGGCAAUAGAGUUUGAUCCGGUUUUGUGUAGUUCUCUGAUAAACUUGUAUGGGAAAUGUGGUGAUUUGGAUGGUGCAAGUCGUGUUCUAAACUUGAUGAUAGAACCAGAUGAAUUUGCUUUGUCCGCGUUGAUUUCAGGUUAUGCAACUUGUGGCAGAAUGACUGAUGCAAGAAGAAUAUUUGAUAGAAAGAGUGAUCCAUCUGUUGUUUUGUGGAAUUCUUUGCUUUCAGGACAUGUUUUGAACUGUGAGGAAAUCAAAGCUUUGACUAUCUUUAAUAAUAUGAGGGAAAAGGGGCUUCAGGGAGACUUUUCAUCUAUUGCAGUUAUUUUAAGGGCCUGCAGUAGUUUAUGCAUUUCAGAACAUGUAAAACAAAUCCAUGGUCAUGCUAGUAAAGUUGGUCUGAUUUCCGAUGUUAUCGUGGCCAGCACCCUGAUUGAUGCUUACUCCAAAUGCGGAAUGCCAAAUUAUGCUUGCAAGUUUUUUACUGAGCUCCAAGCCUAUGAUACAAUCUUGCUUAACUCUAUGAUCACUGUGUAUUCCAUCUGUGGAAGAAUUGAAGAUGCAAAGCAACUUUUCAAGACAAUGCCAAAUAAAAGCCUGAUAUCAUGGAAUUCGAUGAUUGUAGGCCUGAGUCAAAACGGAUGUCCGAUUGAGGCAUUAGAUCUGUUAUGCAAGAUGAAUGAAAUAGAUUUGAGAAUCGACAAAUUUGCUUUGGCUAGUGCCAUCAGUGCCUGUGCUAGUAUCUCCAGUAUUGAACUUGGCGAACAAUUUUUUGCUAAAGCAACUCUCAUUGGACUUGAAGCUGAUCAAAUAAUAUCUACCUCCCUUGUUGAUUUCUACUGCAAGUGUGGUUUAGUUGAAUAUGGACGAAAAAUAUUUGACACAAUGACAAAAUCUGAUCAAAUCUCUUGGAAUUCCAUGCUAAUGGGUUAUGCUUCUAAUGGUCGUGGGUUUGAAGCACUGGUUUUAUUCAAUGAAAUGAUAAAUGCGGGUGUAAGGCCGACUGAAAUAACAUUUAUAGGGGUUCUGUCGGCAUGUGAUCAUUGUGGACUAGUAGAGGAGGGACGAAAGUGGUUUAACUUGAUGAAAUUGGACUACUAUAUUGAUCCUGGGAAAGAGCACUACUCUUGCAUGGUUGAUCUUUUUGCUCGUGCUGGUUGCCUUGAAGAAGCGAUGAAUCUCAUAGGAGAAAUGCAUUUCAAGGCAGAUGCAAGCUUGUGGCUAUCAGUUUUGAGAGGCUGUGUUGCUCAUGGAGAUAGAACUCUUGGAAAGAAGGUGGCAGAGAGGAUUAUUGAUCUUGAUCCCGGAAACUCCAGUGCUUAUGUACAGUUAUCAAGCUUAUUUGCAACCUCUGGUGAAUGGGAAACAUCAGCUAUUGUUAGAAGGAUAAUGAGAGAGAAGCAGAUUGUGAAGAAUCCCGGUUUCAGUUGGGCUGAUAGUUAAACAAGCAUUGUUAUGGUAGCAACUGGCAAAAGAGUUGCUAAUGGAAAGAGAUCAUUUUACCCUUUGGCAACAAAGU